ACAACCCCAAAGCCAUUAAAUAUUGAAGUGCAAACCAUAUAGUAUGACGGUUAAAAGAAGUUGUGGAAUAGUCUAUGACUGCCCUGUUGAAAUAUCUAUCCUGUAAGCUACGACAAGGUGCUCCUCCAGGCAGCCUGGCGUUGAUUGGUCCACGGACAGGCCCCGCUCUGUGUGGCAGCUGCCGUCAUCCGGUCAGACGUGGUGUGGACGCAGACUCUGGUCCUUCACUCUGGUGCUGCCGAACGACCGCGGUCCGCAUCUCGGAUCAUCAUCCAGACAGAUGGAUGCUGAGGACUCGGCGUCGAGAUGAGAUAAGCCGUAUUCUCUCUCUCUUACUCCGCCGAGCCGCUGCAGCGCCGCGCACUCAGGGGAGACGUGGGCACGUUGUGGUGGUGGAAAAUACUGGAAUACAGGGGAAUCUUUUAUUCGGUCUGUGUGGAAGGUUUGCCUUUCCGUUUGCGCACAACCGUCUCCUCGAUGAUGGUCCCAACGCUGCUCUCCAGAGGUGAUGUGAGCUGAACCCACUGAGCUCAGGGUGGGGGGGGGGAGCCGCAGAGGAGCUGUCCGUCUGUUGAGGUGCUGAUGCGGCUGUGACAAGCGAGCAUGGCUGCCGGAAAGUUGCUGCUCUACGCCGGGCUCUCGCUUUCUCUCUGCGCCCUGGGCAUGCUGGCCGUGGCGAUGUGCUCCGACCACUGGUACGAGACCGACGCCAGGAGGUACAAGGAGCGGUGCCGAAGCUUUUCCAGCCGCCGCAAGGACCCGGGCUUCAUCUACAUCCCCAACAACAGCCUGCCGCUGCGGGCCAGCCGGAGCAGCCUGCCCCCCUGGGAGGAGAAGCUGCUGCUGGCCCGGAACCGGCGGCAGCUGUUCGCCAUGAGCGCCGCGGAUGAGUGCAACAGGCGGUACAACUCCACCAACAUGGGGCUGUGGAGGAAAUGCCACCGGCUCGGCUUCGACCAAGAAAUCGAAGACCUCAUCCGAAAGGGUUCCAUUGCAAGAUGCUCCUACAUCAAAUAUCACUACUCCUCAGCUACGAUACCCAAAAAUCUUUCAUACAACAUCACCAAGACAAUACGGCAGGACGAGUGGCACGCCCUCCACUUGCGGCGGAUGACAGCAGGUUUCAUGGGCAUGGCAGUGGCCAUCAUCCUGUUUGGUUGGAUCAUCGGUGUGCUCGGCUGCUGCUGGGACCGAGGCCUCAUGCAGUAUGUGGCCGGUCUCCUCUUCCUCAUGGGAGGAACCUUCUGCAUCAUUUCCCUCUGUACCUGUGUUGCUGGCAUCAACUUUGAGCUUUCCCGUUACCCACGGUAUCUGUACGGCCUGCCUGACGAUAUUGGCCACGGGUAUGGCUGGUCCAUGUUCUGCGCCUGGGGAGGCCUUGGCCUCACCCUCAUUGCCGGCUUCUUCUGCACUCUGGCGCCCUCUGUCCAGCCGAUACCCAGAUCGACCUGCCCAAAGUCCCGACAGGAAAAUGGCACCGUCUGCUAAAGAUGUCAGCCAUGCGAAGACCGAUUGAACCCACUGAUUGACAAGGAAACAGAAAACUGUUCAACGUGUUCAUCCAUCCACUCAUCUACAGUCUCUCCUGGUUCAAAAAUUCUUUUUUUAUGUGUGUGUUUAAAAAUGGGUGUCUUGAUGAUCUGCUAUCUUGAAAAUAACAGAAAAAAACUGAAGAACUGAAAAAAUAUUAUCAAGAUUUUUUUGAAGUUGUGCUUGUUUUGUUGUUGUGCGAUGAAAUGGACCAUGACCAAAAAAGGUUGUAACAGAAAUAGGUGGAGACUCUGAAAUUUUCAAUGAUAAGUGGUUGUAGCAAGAGUGGCUUUAACCUCAAAAGGUGAUGAACAACGGAGUUGAACCUGUGGACUGCUUAUAACUUAUACUUACUGGUCUACUGUGAUUGAGGAGAACUGAAUGAAUCCGCAGUAUUGGAGAGAAACAAUCAGAUCAAAGGACUUGACCAGACAUGAAACCAUGUAACUUCCUGGGCUGGGAUCAUGUUUAUCGGCCAUCUAUUCGUCUUCAGUAUUCCAGCUUCUGAGGUCCCUCCUGUUACAUGGGACAUGUGGGAAGCAAGGAGAUCAAGGACCUUCAGGACCUCUACUGUUGUACAUUAUUGUACAGAAUAUUCAAGAGAAGUAACAACCAGGAAAUGUCAUGUUGGACCAUUUUCAUUCUUGUGUAGGUACAUUCCAUUCCAUCUGACGAUCCCAUAAGCCAUUUAGCAUUUUAUACAUGCAUUAUCUUUUAUUCAGUGUUUUUUCCUUUUUACUGGAACCUUCCUGUUUUGAGCAAACUGUUGGCUGAGCAUAAGUUCAGAGCAAAUGUGUUUUUCGAUUUUUUUCCCCCAUUCUAGCCAUAGAAAUAUUGUAGAUGUGUGAGUAUGAAAGUGUGUGGGGAGGGAUUAUUUUGCAGUCGCUACAGAAAAAAAGUUGUAAAAAAAAUCAUGACAAACAGCUUUGACAAACAGACAGAUGUAUAGUGGAGAUGCAGUAUCCUGUUAAACCCAACUGAUUCACUAAUUUGUCAUCCUUUCUGGAGAUUCUCAUCAGACAGUCAUUUUAAAUGGGGGCAGCACGUUCAACUCUGUACUUGCUGCCCUGAGCCACUAUGGAAGGAUUAGGAAAUUGCUUCUGAUGAGAAAUCUGUGACGCUUCAGUCUUUCGCCGAGCACAUUAAUAUUCUCUCUAAUAUGUUCAACCUUGGGUUUUGUUACCGUACUGUGGAUAUUAAAAAGGUGUCACCAUACUCAGUCAAAAGAAGUCUAGACUAAAGAUGAAAACCUGAGUGUUCUGUAUCUGCAGGUUUCAUCUUGGCCUCAACCACCCAUCACAAUUCAGAAAUGAAAACAUACACUGUGGGCUUGAAUAUUUCUUUGAAUAUUAGGCGUGGUGAUUAUGAUGCAUCUAAUGGGUUGAUUAACUCUCAUGGGGACCAAAUUCAGCAGCUAGAUCGACAAUUCCAUUCUUUCAGAGCUGAGCUUUUAGCUCCAACAAGACAAUGCAAAAUACUGACACUGAAAGGAAGUAAGAUCACAGUCAUCGUGAUCACCCACUGAAGCAAUUUAUUGAAAAACCAAAGUUUAGUCAAUUUAAAAUACUCCAUUUAAUACAACUUGGGUCUUACUUUUUUAAAACUCCAUUUAUGAUUGGGUGUGGAGAGUCCUGGUUAUGUAUUUGUGCUUGUUAACAUCAUAUCCGGGUUUAAGAAAGCUCUUUUCCAAAUGACCCGAGUUUUUACAGAAUGGGAUGUGAUGCCUGGAAUAUUCUGAUACCAGGAUACAGUGGCUUGUAGAUAUUCUGGUUUGGGUCAUGGAGUUUCAACCUUUUUUUGGACCUAGAAACUAGCACACAAGUCAACAGUCUGUACAGCAGGUUUAUAUUUGCUGUAUGUGUUCAGCAACAACUAUCUGACACAACCUUUAUUCUGAACAGUCAAAUGACUUUGUGCCAAGAUUCAGUCCAGGGAACAAUGCCUCAAAAAGUGGAGAGUAUGCUUCAUCAGAACUGCUUGUUAGAUGGUUGAACUGCUUCUGAACCAACUCACCCAACGCAAUUCCAACUUUGGAUUGGAGACCGUGACCAUCUGAGACCAUUUUUAAAAUGUUCCAAAUCCUAAACAUCCAACACUUACACAGUCAAAUUCAUGCAGUCGCUCAUGUAAAAAGCAAAGCCUGGUUUAUACCUCUGCAUAGGAUCAAGGCAGAGCUUACGUUGUAGCCUACGCAAGUGGCCUUUGCCAUUGUGAGCAUUUGUACUUGUGUGCUUGUCUAUGUGUUACUCUGGAAUUACCUCAAUAUAACGCUAGUUGAAGGGGUUUUUCUAUUCCACUUUGUGUGUACUUAAAACAGUGGUGACUAAAGUUGAAGAUCAGACGGUCGCGUUGGAGUUCGAGCUCAUAAAUGUUGAACAACUACCAGGUGGAUGAAGCGGUCUGCAUCGCUGUAAUGUGUAGGUACAUAUCUAGGGAGUAGGGUAGGCAGUUAUACCAUUUCACAGCACUGAUUCAACCCAUUAACAUAACUUGUUGCCUAGAAAUUAAUCUAAUCUUCAAGUGUGGGAAAGUGUGGGCGUUUAGAAGAGCUGUGAACAUUCUGAUUUCCAUACUGGUAUGGUCGUGUUUGAACCCGUUCUUUUAUAGCUUUUUCUAACAAUAAUCGAGCCUUACAAUUAGAUAACAAAUAAAUAUUGAGUAAGUAAGCGCUUAUUAUUCAUGAAGAUAGAUAUCUGUAGAUAUUCUUUGUUCUCGUCAGGUGACAUCUUCGUAAGCCAACAGUGCUUGGACUAGCACUUGGUUUGGAUAAUGCACUUUUAAAUCCUGGAUUGUUUUCGACUUGUCUGAUCAUCUGACUUCAUUUUCCUUGAGUCGUUGGAAUAUGUUGCAUCAGGGUCACCAUGUUCCCAGAUCUCAGAAAUUCACUUACUUAACAGAAUUUCGUAGCAUUAUGGCUAAAAUGACAAAAGUAAGACCCAAGGUUGUAAUAAAACUGAAUUAACCUUUAAUGACAGUAAGUACUGUACCAGCACUACAGGCUGCUUCCAUUAAACACCCCGUAGUGCCCUUGAUGGGUUACAUACAUCACAUUACAUACAUAUAAAUCAAAAUCUCGCCCUACUGUGUUGAUUCGCUGUAGAAAUUGCUGAAUGCAAACAAUGCACAAAUAUUUCAGAGGCAGGAUAAAGGUGGAAUGGUGUGGCUGUAAAUUAAUCCAGUAAUGUUGUAGACCGAAAAAUAAAGUAGUUUUGUCUCCAAAUUGA